AUGGGUCCUGACGGUGCUGACGGCACGACGGCACGACGGCUAUUUCUGGGCGGCGGGCCGGAGGUCUUCAUGACGAACUGCGUGGUGGACGUACUGCAAGCCUUGACUGCACUGGGCUUGAUUGGGACCACGCUGGAUACCAUCGUCAAUGCAGAUUGCCGCGAUCCGUUUGUGGGUCCUGUGACCUCCCAAGCCGUGCCGAAGUUUUUGCGAGAUCGCGUGGAGAAUGGACUGCGGGCAGGCUGUGCCAGUGGCAUUAGCAACAUCUUGGCCAAGUUGGGCAUUGCAACAUUGUUCUUGAGUUUCACCUCGUUCCACUGUACCAACAAAGCCAACUUGCGUGCCAUCUGCGGGGCAGGCAUUGCAGGCAUCGAGGCAUCCUUGGCAGGUCUGGCGUCUGCGGGUGCUGGGGCCUACCUAGCCUGCACCGAGGGGCAGAGAAAAACGCAGACAAAAAUCCUCAUCAAAAAGUCCAGAACAGCUUUUGUCGAGGAGAAAAGCCAAGAAGUUCUGGAUGAAUACUGUCCGGAUCUGUCCGUGGAGUGUUUCCUCGAGUUUAAGCCAUUCUUGGGCAACUGCCCAAAUGGUGUCGUCACCAGCACAUGCCCAGCAGCGCCAUCCGAGAGUUCUUGUCCCGGAGUUGCCAGCUGUGUGACGGAGUUUGAGAGCUAUCGGGCCGCCAAUUUGGGGACUCCUUGGUUUCCAACCCCCGCCGUCUACCCGCUCCAGUUCGGAAAGUUGGUGGUCGCUGUACCUGCCUGCUGGGAAUAUCUGGAUUGUUUCAGCCCGGGACGUCGCUUGGGGGCGACCAACGGGAGCACCGGAACGCCGGUUCCGGACUCCAGCGAAAAGCUGCAGAGCCACGCACGGCGAAGUUUCUUGCUGCAGAAGAUCUUUGCUUCUGAUGCAUGGAGCGCAACAACCUCAGCACGGAGUCGGCGCAGUGGAGGUGGACUAGGUGCUUCCCCCGGUGGCGCUGGGAUGGAGUUAGUGGAGCAGCUCUUUGCCUCCAUGGGUCGGAACUUAACGCCGCCUGAGGGUCGUGAGCGGAGGACUCCGCGUGUUGAGCGAAGCCAAAGCUUGCUGGACGCGAACUUGCUCGGGGAAGAUCUCCUGAAUCAGGCAUCUCAGCAAUGGCAGCAGCACAAGAGCGAGGAGGCCGGCGACAGAACGUGUGACGCGCCGCUGCUGGAGGGGAUCUUCAUCACACUGACCAAGCGAAAAAAGGUGGAACCGGAACGUCGUCCCUAUGACCUGGUGGUCUUCGGCUGCACCGGUUUCAGCGGUUGCCUCAUCGUGGAGCAGCUGGACACGCUGCUGGUGGAUGGGGACGUGCCGAAAGCCAUCACCUGGGCCUUGGCCGGUAGGAGCUUGCCGAAGCUGGAGAAAAUGGCCAGCCAAUGUCGCACCAGACCCAAGGUGGUCCAAGCCGCCUCCGCCGACGAGAUCAACCAGCUGGCGGCUGAGGCCACGGUGAUCAUCGCGCUGGCAGGGCCAUACCUGGAUUGUGGGGAGCAAGUCGUCAAGGCCUGCGUUGGAAGCGGCACGCACUACAUUGACAUCACCGGUGAGGUGAAUUUUGGCCAUUUCCUCAUCCAGAAGUACCACAAAGCAGCCAAGGAAAAAGGCUUGCGCUUGAUCCAGUUCGCGGGCGCCAUGUGCGUGCCCGAGGAUCUGGCCGCCUAUUUACUGGCCCGAAAGUUGGGGCCGCUGAAACAGCUCCGUGUCUACAGCUGGGGCUACGGCUUCCGCGGCGGAGGAUCCUUUCAGACCGGCCUGACGGUGGUUGAGCUUCUUGCCUGGAUGAAUGCUUGGAACAGGGUUGGAGAUGGAUGCGAAACUUGGGAGAUGCCUCGAGAUGCCUCUCUCGAUGUCUCGAGUACGGAUUCUUUUUUAAUCUAUCCCAAAGUGAAAGAGUGGACGCCUGCUGAAAUAUUCAGGCGAGUGAGGAUCAGCUUGAGGCGCCUGGAUUUCACCACGGAUUUUCCAUGUAGCAAUGAUCUCAAUGCAGCUACGGUGACCGAAUGUGAGGAUGUGAAUGUCGUUGUUGGACCCAAUCCUUCUUCAGUCCGGGGCACCCGCGACCGGGGCAGAAUCGGGCGGGCAGACCGAGGAGAUGAAGUCAGCAAAACGUUGAGGGUUAAGGGGUAA